CAUGUCCGUUAAGGGCGGCUGCGGGGCGCGGGGCUCUGCGGCUGCGCCCGCCCGGGCCGGCGCCCAGGGCUGCAGGAGGCCGUGAGCAGCAACAACAAGCUGUUGCCUGCCAGGUGUGAACGCCUUGUUUUCCUGCACGAAGUUCAAAGUUUUGCAAGAGGUCAGAGGUCUGGGAUCCAGGUGGUUGAGCUGGAAAGGAGCACGCGCUACAGACUACUCUUUCCAAACAACUAACAGGUGUGCUCUGCUAAAAGCCUUGGGAGGAACUUGGCAGAAUGAAGCCUGUCAUCGUGGUGCAUGGUGGAGCUGGACGGAUCUUCAAAGAGCGAGAAGAGGGAUGUCGUGCUGGCACUGUCAGAGCUGCGCUUCAAGGUUAUGGUGUUCUGAAACGGGGAGGCAGCGCCGUAGAUGCAGUUGAGGAGGCAGUACAGUCAAUGGAAGAUGAUCCUCAUUUUAAUGCAGGUUGUGGAUCUGUUCUAAAUGAAAAAGGUGAAGUAGAAAUGGAUGCCAUUAUAAUGGAUGGAAAAAAUUUAGACUCUGGAGCAGUAUCUGCAGUUAAAUGCAUAGCAAACCCAGUAAAACUUGCUCGACUUGUUAUGGAAAAGACAAAGCACAUGCUGCUGACUGAUCAGGGUGCACACCUGUUUGCUCGGGCCAUGGGUAUUCCUGAGAUUCCAGGGGAGAAACUAGUAACCGAGAGAUCCCGUGAGAGAUGGAGGAAGAACCUUGAACCAGAUUUCAACCCUGAAGAUUUUCAGAAAGACCUUGGAACAGUCGGUGCUGUUGCUAUAGACAGUGAAGGCAAUGUAGCUUGUGCAACAUCCACUGGAGGACUCUCUAAUAAACUGAUUGGCCGUGUUGGUGACACACCAUGCAUAGGAAGUGGAGGUUAUGCUGAUAAUCAUUCUGGUGCCACUUCAACCACAGGACAUGGGGAGAGCAUUAUGAAAGUGGUCUUAGCCCGACUGAUCCUCUAUCACAUGGAGCAAGAAAGCUGUAGCUUCGGGGCAGUACAGUGUAACUUGCUUUGAGAUCAACCAAACUGGAAAUAAUUGGAAAAUGUUCAAUUAACAUUUUCAUUGGAGAAGCAGUAAGUACAGAGACAAGUAACAGCUGAGAAUAUUUUUGUUAUGCUUUAUAGAGCUGUUUGCAUAUAAUGGGUGAAUUUCUCUAAAUCUUUGAUAUGACAGUUUCAGCAUAAAAUACAACGUACAGAUUAUUUCCCAAAGCUCUAACACAUUAUGCUCUCCCUUACUCUCUAUGUUAUGUCCCUAACUAUUCAAUUUGUGAAUAGAGCCUUCUAAGCUCUAUUCAGUCUAAACUGUGUAAAGCAGUUUCUUCUCUGGCUUUAAGUUAAGUGCAUUGCAAAACUUAUGCAUUGACAGCAGUUAUCUGGCUUGUGAUUAAUCAGUAUGAAAGGCAAAUGAGUAUCAAAUUAAAAAGUUUAUUGAAAAAAAGAGAAAAAGAAAAAAAUGAACCCAUAUGUAUUAAUGUCUAAUUGAUUUGCUCUUGUUCACCCUGCCAGUGCUUGCUUUACCUUCAUUUAUCCUGCCCAGAAGUAUAACUCAGCUGCCAGGAAAAUAUGUCAGCAAUAGACUCCCCCUGCCCCCCCCCAAAACAUUUCCAUGAAGGCACUGAAAACAAACCCUCAAGUUAUUGUAACUUUUGAGUCCUUGAACUGAAGUUGCAUAUUCGAGAACAACUACAGAGCUCUCAUAAUUCUCUUUAGCUAUUCAGUAAUUCACUUACUAAAUAUCUUCUUUUGGACGAAUGCUGCAAAAUUUACUUUCAUAUUUUAGGAGUGAAUUGCUUUGCCAUUCUUAGCAGCUGCUGGAAUCUUUGUCUUAUGGUGGCAGCUGUUGUCUUGGUGAAAAAUCAAACAGUGAAAUACUGACCCUUUGAAGACAGUGCCACUGACUUGAAUAGUCACAGUGUCACCCGCACGUCAGAGAAAGGAGCUUUAUCCUGUCAGUCACCAGUGCUGUGAAUAAUCCUGACUCUGAUGGUUUUAUUUGGUCUUAACUCAAAAUUUGCAGGGAAAGAAAGCAUGAAGGUCAGUUUUUGUUCUGUAACCUAAGCCACAUAACAUUACUGAGGGAAUAUAUCUUAGGGCAAUUAGGCCAAGCCAACUGCGUUCCUGAAUGUUUAUUUAAACUGGUAGUGAACAGGUAUCUUGCAGCUAUUAGAGGUCUGUGUGUAUGACAUUCACAUUCAAUUUGAUUUAUUUAGAAAAUAUUCCUGUUAAUGCAAAUCAAGUAAUGAAAAGCUAAAGUUACUUUGCUGGUCCUUUGUCUGAUGUCUAGUACAUUGAGACCUCAUCUUGCCUGAUAGUUUCAGAAGUUUUAGGAAGAGUAAUGCUGAUUUUUGGUUUUGAUAACUUAUGACAAUGUGAAGUAAUGUGCUUUGAGCUCUGUUGCAGCCAGUGCACUUGGAACAGAGAUGAUGACUGAAAUGUUUGAUUGUUUUGAUGUGGGAUUUUUCAAACUGUAAAUGCUUUAGACCUAGCUUGUGACAAAGCUGUGAUGAAAACCUUGCAAGUUGGCAUUUUUCCCUUCAAAUGAUGGCAUAAGAAACAUUGUCUCUUGAACAUAGAGUUGGUGAGUUAGUUUGUCUCAAACACUGAAAUGGAAUUAAAAUCUGAAGCUAUUCAAAUAAAUAUUUGCAGCAGCACCACACCACAGCAGCUCUUAGCAACUGUACAGAGCCUUCCUAUAAACAGUUCCUUUGAUACACUGGAAAUUUCUUGCUGAUUUAGUUUUUUAGAUUUUAGUAAUUAGAUUUGACUGGCUCUGUGGGGAGGGGUAAAACUUGGAGUUUUGAAACUAGUGUCAGGACAGAUGCCAUGAAAGUGAUCUUAUUU